AUGCAGCCCGCUUGGCUAUCGGAUAUAAAUACUGACUCUGACCUGUUGUUCCACGUCUUCUUCCUCCAGCGGUAUUCGCGACUACUGGAAGAAUCUGCCGGCCGUUCUCCCGCCUUUUUCUCCUGGUUGCUGCUUUACGCAACGUCCAUACUCCUCCUUGCCUCGCCAUUUCUAUCUCUACCAUUUCUAGGCUCUUCCCUCUCUGCUAGCCUGGUGUACAUCUGGGGCCGGAAGAACCCAGAUACAAGGCUAAGCUUCCUCGGACUACUCGUAUUCACGGCACCAUACCUACCCUUUGUACUCAUGGCAUUCAGCCUGAUUGUACAUGGAACAAUUCCUAAGGACGAAAUAUGUGGUGCUGUGGUGGGACAUAUCUGGUAUUAUUUCACGGAUGUGUACCCUCAAAUGUAUGGAGGGGUGCGGCCGCUGGAUCCUCCUGCCUGGUGGAGAAGAUUAUUCGAGUCAACCAAUACUCAGGAUCAACGAGCCACGAACGCAGCCCACAUAAAUAAUGACAUGGCUGCCAUUGCCGCUCGGGACGUGAGAUAA